GGGUUACAUGUUAACCACAGCAAAGCUCCCUGGGCCAGGGCUCCCUCCGCGGCCGGGCCGGGAGGCGGAGGCAUAGUCGGGGAGGGGCCCGAGGGGGGAAGGAAAAGGAAGAGGAGGAGGAGGAGGAGGAGGAAGGGGAGGAAGAGGAGGAAGAGGAAGAAGAGGCGGCGGCUUGCAGGCCAUGCGAGCACUGACGCUGUUGAGGCUGCUGAGGCCUGCGCCCGGGCUGCCGAGGCCGGGGCUGCCGCUGCGGAGCGCCCGGGCCGGGGCCGGCCGUUCGUGGCUGUUACCGCCGUCGCACCGAGCCAUGAGCCAGUACAGCACGGAGGAGCGGGGCCUGCCGUGCUCCGCCCAGUACCGCCUCUACUUCAAGAAUGUAGAUGGUCACUACAUCUCCCCCUUUCAUGACAUUCCUCUGAAGGCUGAAUCUAAAGAGGAAAAUGGCAUUCCUAUGAAGAAAGCUCGGACCGAUGAGCGCGAGGCAGUAUUUAAUAUGGUCGUAGAAGUACCCCGUUGGACAAAUGCCAAAAUGGAGAUUGCCACCAAGGAGCCAUUGAAUCCCAUUAAACAAGAUAUAAAGAAAGGCAAGCUACGUUAUGUGGCAAAUAUCUUCCCUCACAAGGGUUAUAUAUGGAAUUAUGGUGCCCUCCCUCAGACUUGGGAAGAUCCUCUUCACAGAGACGGUGCCACCAACUGCUGCGGUGAUAAUGAUCCCAUUGACGUCUGUGAAAUAGGCUCAAAGGUUCGUGCUUGUGGCGAGAUUAUCCAGGUGAAGAUUCUUGGAAUUCUGGCCCUUAUUGACCAAAAUGAGACAGAUUGGAAGUUAAUUGCUAUUAGUGUGGAUGACCCAGAAGCCUCCAAGUUCCAUAAUAUCGAUGAUGUGUGGAAGCACAAACCAGGUUACCUUGAGGCAACACUUGACUGGUUCCAGUUAUACAAAGUGCCUGAUGGAAAACCAGAAAAUAAAUUUGCUUUUAAUGGAGAGUUUAAAGACAAGGAUUUUGCUCGUGAAGUUAUUGAAUCUACCCACAAAUGCUGGAAAGCCUUGCUUCAUAAAAAGUCUGAUGGAGGAGAUAUAAAUUGUGUUAAUGUGCAGGUAUAUGACAGCCCUUUCUGCUGCAGUAAAGAAGAGGCCAGAUGCAUAGUACAGUCGGCAUCGACUGCAAUAAAUGAAGAUUCAAAUUCCAAAGAAGAUGAAGAUAUCCACAGAUGGCAUUUUAUUAAGAAGUGAUGGAAGUUUCCAGUCAUUCUUCAUCCCCAAGGGUCACAACAGACAAAUCAGGCCACAGUUGCUGCCUCCCUUGUGAAGCUUCACUUUUUCACCUCUUGAGAUAGGCAGUAUAUGAAUAAACACUGGACUUCCAAAUUAUUCUCUCUUUUCAUAUUUACUCAAAAUACAAACUUUUUGUUAUUUUGAUCUCGUAGGGAAAGCUUGGAGGUAACUUAUUUUGAACUGUUAGCCAUUCCUGUACAUAAAAGGAAACCCAUGGAUAUCAUGGCUCUAUUUCUCUGAAUGAAUGGAGAAUCCUAAAUUUAAUAUGUUAACUAGGUGCUGGUAAAGACUCUUUUCAGAGUGGAUUAAAAUGUUAAGCCCAGAACGUUUGGGGAACUCAUUUAGCUGCAUCUGUCCUCUGUCUCACACUAACUCUGAUGGUAUCUGAGGGCUUGUGGGUGCUCACGUUUAUUCUAAUAAUACCUUACAUUUAUGUCACAUCCACCUACAGAACACCGAGUAUUUUCAUACUCAUCAUCUCACGAGAUCCUCACAAGAGGACCAUAUAGGGCAGACAUUGCCACCGCUUUAAAGAUGAGCAAACCAGCUCAUGUGAAAUGAUUUCCCAAGGUCACACAGCUAUCUAAUAAGUACAGAAAUCUCCAAGUUCCAGGUUUUCACACUUUUGGCCCAUUUCUCUUUUGACUACAAAGAAAAAUUGAGGAGUCCUCUAGACUAUCAGAUAAGGCCACAUCUAACCUAUUCAGUUCAACAAACAUCUAUUAAAUUCCAACUGUGUGCUAAAAAAUAGGGGAGAUGUAAAGUUUAUAGAAGAGGGUAGAACUCCUGCCCUCAUGGAGUUUGUGGUCUAAGAGAAUAAUGUAGAGGAGUAGAAAGAGCUCUGACCUUGAAGUCAACAAACCUGAGUUUAAGGUUCCAGCUCUGACAGAUACAUGAACCUAGAUAAAUAUCCUUACCUCUCCAAGUUUAAUUUUCUUACCCAUAAGAUGGGACUAAAUAUACUUUCAUUAGUUACUCACAGGGUUGUUGAAAAAGUGCUUUAGAAUCAUUCAGACUCUCUAAAUGUUAGGUUGUUAUUAUUAUGGGUGGGUGGUGGUGGUGGUAGUGGUGCAAAACACAAAUAACUGUAAAAUAAUACAUUAUAAAUUCAUCAGAAAGAUACAAGCAUAUUGUUAUGUAACAUUUUAGGGAAGAAUAGCCAUGACUGACCCCAGAGAUCAGUGAACACAUCUUGAGGUAGCUAUAACUGACUUGGCAUUUAAGGGAUACUUAGAAAUUGAACAAGGUAUGAACUGUAUACUAUGGGAUGACCCUCUAGGUGCCGGGAAGAGCUUAGUUCAGAAGUAGAGAGGUGAGAAAGUGUUGAGCCUGACCAGAAGAAACCGAAUCCAGUCUGGUUGGAACACUGACUAUUUGGCAGAGAUUCGUAUGGAAAGACACAGUAGCACCAAAUUGUGCAAGGCCUUGAUUGCCAGGGGUAGGAGGUGGAAUGUUCUUAGUAAGCCGCAGGAGCCCAUUUUGAGCAGAGGAAUACCCUGACAAGAGCUUUACAUUGGGAAGAUCAUGCUGACAAAGAUGUGAAGGAUAGUUUGGAGGGAGGAGAGAGUAGAGGAAGAAUGACCUGGUAGAAAUCUAGUGUAAGAGUUAGAACAUCACUGGAAUAUAAUAACCAUGUAUUGUGUUUCUUUUUUAAAGAUUUCUGGAAGCAAAAAUUGAGCAAUCUGUAAAACCUAUGCAGCGCCCCUCAUUACUGAGACAUGAUUUGUUAUGUAACCUAAAUCCUGAUAGCUUAACCUAACCUUAAUUUUCUUCAUCUGAUUAUUAGCAGAGAUGGAAAAUAUUUGGAGAGUAUACCUUGAAAAUUCUUCAUACACCGUACAUCUCUUCUCAUUUUUCACUCCUCAGGCCAUAGAAUUCCUAUUCCUCAAAGAUAAUUUCUAAAUACUUUAGUCUUGUCGGGAUUCUAGCCUUUGAGACUUUUCUCUAGAUCCUUUCUAGAUUCUCCAUAUUAAUACUCUUGAACUCUAGAGCCACAACAUGAAUGCAUCAAGCAUCUUAGUAAUGUCAGAUGUAAAUGGAUCGUUACUUUAUUCUCUAGACUCACGUUUAUGCAUGUUAGCAAAGUUCCUUCCCCUGUGCUGUUGUAUUUGUAAAAUUUGCAAUUUCAGCUUUGUCCAAUGUUUGUAUUGUUCAAAAUGAUUAUUAUCAUUAUUUGAGUAAUUCCUAUAGAUACUCCAAGUGUACAGAUGAUAAUUUGAGAGCAAUACUGCCUUUAUUGUCAGCCUUAUAGGUCAUAUGACUCUAGUGGCCCCUUAUGAAGUAAUGAUCCCAAAGAAUAUCUAAUUUGUAUCCAAGGAUGUGAAUCACAUACUGGGCUUAGGAUCAGAAAGACUUGGAUUCAUAUCCUGUCCCUGUUAUUUCCCAGCUAUACUUAAAUUUUUUAAACUUUAAUUUCCUCAUCUGUAAAAUGGGUUUUAUAACAUUUGUGGCUCCUACCUCACAGGCUUCUUAGGAGGACCAAAUGAGAUAUUGUUUGUAUAAAGUGCUUUGUAAGCAUCUGUUAUCAUUUGCUUGAUGCCCUUCGUUUUUGUCACAUGAUUGAGACGUGAGAAACUCUGAGAGCAGAAUAUGGCCAGGCAAAGCUCAAAGGGCAGAAUUUACCUUCUUAUUUCUCUAUAAUGGCCUUUAUACAAAUGCUGGUGCAGGCGUUGAUGUCAGCAGUCUUCAUGUUUCAGGUCUAAUAACUGAUGGAAGAGUAUGUUGUAGCAGGAUUCUUUAUGACCAUUCUCCUUGAAUAAUUUUAAUUUAAAAAUGAAAGUAAUCCAUCCUGGGUUCCACAUCAUAGAUGUGGCAAUAAACACUUGGGAUUUAAGAUCUGAAUGUUUUUAAGGCCAUGAUAGGUGCUAUAUUAAGGAUAACAGAUGGGUGUAUAUUAUUUCAAGCAAAUGGUUGAAUUGAUGAAAGUCAACAAAGAGAGUUCUAAUAAAUACUAGGGUACUUAAUAUCCUUGAUUCUCCAGAUACAGAAUACAGAAAUUUUACUAGAUAUAUUCUUUUAGAAACAGUUAUUUUCCAUUCAUCUCCAUCUUCUUCUACCCGCACUUUCACCUAUAUUGAUUCCCCAUUUUUUCCCUUUAACUAUUUUGAGCCUUUUGGAAAUAACUUUAUUUUGAUGUAGGGAUUUUUGUCCUGAAGCAAAUGCUUAAGAUUUCUUUGCAAAAUGCAUUAACAAACUGUAAUCUUAUUUUUGCCAUGACCACACCCACCCAGAGGGGACAAAAGUACUUCAAGAUACAUUGGACAUCGAUGAUUAGUGGUUUUUUUGCUCCCAGAACAUACUUGACUACUUUUUAAAAACAAAGAAUCAUUCACAAACAUGCAGAAAUAACCAUCACCAUAGGUUAGGUUUGCCUGAAUCAAGUGGAAAUCGUUUCCUUCUUUUCUGGAACUUUAAAGAUAUAUUUCGUGACACAACACAGGGUCAUUUUUAAGUCGAGGCAUGACCUCUCAGGAGCAUGAGUAUCUUUUACUUCGCUAGCAGUCUCUGCGUGCUGUGCAUUUUCUCGUGUAAUAGUGUUUGGUGAUGUGGGUAAAUUGUGGAGAUUUUGUCAGAUGUCAUCAGAAAAAUAAAGACAUCAUUCACUUGUAACUGCCAUAAAUUUAUUCCCAGCAGGCAACUUUUUCAAGUAUUGUUUCUAAUCAAGAUAAUAUCAUUCACUUGGGAGUUGUUUAUAAUUAAUAGAUACCACAUAGAGAUGUUUAAUUCUUGCUGAUGAUCGGAGAUAUAAAAGCAGGAAAUGUUACGAAUGAGUUAAUAUUUAGAAAUAAGAUAUUAUUUGUGAUUGAAUUGCACUAAUGAAAGCUUGUGGAUUAUGGACAAUGAAAAUGAUUAUCGCUUUGAAAUGCCCAGUAGCAAAUGUUAGUGAUUUGUCAGUGAUAUGGACAUAUGGAACAUAAACCCUUUCUUUCCAUUAAAGACACUGUCUUUGUACCAGCA